AUGGUGAACUCUAUUUUCCUCUUUCCGCUUGCUACUCUGGCACUUGGGAGCUUCGUGGUUUACGACCUAAGCGAUGACAUUCCCUCUGAAGACUGGGCUGCAGAUAAUGCCUAUGUGUUCGAUUGGCGUACCGCCGGCGGCACAGUUUCCCAAGAGAUUGCAAUCACCGGUCCCUACUACUAUAGCCAUCAAAAGGAACACAUCAGCCACCAGAUCUUGGAAAACCACAAAAACGAUACCAGCGUCCUCGUGGUGACUGAAGGGUCAACCGUGACUGUCGACGACUCGGUAAUUGUCAAAACUGGCUACUCCACGAGCUUGAACCAGGCUAGCUUCUAUGGUGUCAAUGCGGCUGUCAACAAUGCCAACGGCUCGACUCUCCACCUCUCCAAUGUCAAUAUCACCACGCACAACGGCGCUGCAAACGUGUACACUCAUGGAAACACGAGCGUCAUUUAUGCUGAAAAUAUUUGGAUGUACAGUUCUGGCCCUGUCUCGCAUGGUCUUUACGCGUCAGGAAAUGGAACCAUCUACGCGAAGAAUGUCCGACACUAUGCAGGCGGUGAUCGGUGCUCCUCUUUUAGCGGAGACGUCCCCAACGGGUUCAUCCACGUGGAGAACGCGAUUGCCCACACCGAUGGCGUUGAAUCUGCGAUCUGCUUCCUGCAAGGAAUCUGCAAUAUGACGAACGUGGUCGGAUAUGCCCGGAAUUCCCCAGUCUCUUUUAGCGACGGCAGCAUGGGUCCUGUUACGGGAAUUUGGAAAGACUCCGAUCUGACAGCUGGUUUGCUCGCGGGCUUCGUGAUCUUCUCUGACUCGGCAAUCAGGGAUGGAUCGACGACUAUCCUCGACAACACGAAACUCACCGUCUUAGGCGACACAAUGCCUGCUCUGUGGGCUGGAAACAUCAUUGCAGAGGCGCAUAUCAAAUCGUCUUUCAUCAACAACAGUGCCUCGGGACUCUUAGUUGUGGCAAAUUAUUCUUUCAUCACGCAAGACUUCAACUACUUUGCUGGUUAUGACCAAAACAAGAAUAUGUCACCUGGCCAGAUCAGUGUAAAAGUCGAGGAUUCCAGCCUAUCGGGCUCACUGGUCGCCUACAAUGAGUCGAAAAUUACUUUCAACUUGGCUGAGCACUCACACUGGACUGGUGAUGCCAAAAUUGGCUAUAACAGCGCUUACAUCGCUGUGCAUCUCGAUGAGACUUCGACUUGGAAUUUGACGGGGAACAGCGCCCUUCAGAACUUUUCUGAUGCAGAUACCUCCUUGAGCAAUGUUGUCAGCAAUGGAUUCAAUAUCACCUAUGAUAAAGAGUCCAAGUUCAAUUCAGCGUUGAGAGGAAAGACAUACAAACUUCGUGGGGGUGGAUUCCUUCGACCGAAAUGA